GAAGCAGGAUGUAGCGGUCCGCGGUGCAGGCCAUCUUCACGCCAAAACAUCAAAGGGUAUUCUCCUUUUGCGUCGCAUUUCUUUCGUAUGAUUUCCCAAUUUUUCACUCGUUUCCGAUCGAUAGCACGCGAGGACGACUGAACCGCGCGGUAUUCGUGCACAGGGAUCGGGAACAACAUGUCCUAUAUCCUGGACGCGGCGUCUAAAGUGAAAUGGGACCGUACGACCGCCGCGAAACGAGCCGUGGUCCUGGCGGCCGCCGCCUACGGCAUCAGGACCCUGUAUCCCAUCAUCUGGAAACGUGUCUCGAGGCGGCAGGGCUGCAGGAACAACACGCAGAUCUCCAAGGUGGAGAACGGCUCAACGGCUCUGGUAGUGAAGUCCUUCGCGGAGCCCAAGAAGAAGCCCUCCCCGGAGCUGAACGCUCUGUUCUUCAAGCAGAUCCUGGACCUCCUCAAGAUCCUCUUCCCCAAACUCCUGUCAAAAGAGCUGGCCUUGCUGUCGUUACACUCCGUCGCGUUGAUCUCAAGGACGUUUCUGUCCAUAUUCGUGGCGAGUCUGGACGGGAAGAUCGUCAAGUCGAUCGUUGAGAAGAACCCGCAGAACUUCAUGCUGCAGCUGAUGAAGUGGCUGCUCAUCGCCAUCCCGGCCACCUUCGUCAACAGCGUGAUCCGCUACCUGGAGUGCAAGCUGGCGCUGGCGUUUCGCACGCGGCUGGUGGACCAUGCCUACCGGACCUACUUCACGGACCAGACCUACUACCGGGUCAGCCACAUGGACGGGCGGCUGGCCAACCCGGACCAGUCUCUCACCGAGGACGUCAUGAUGUUCUCCCAGUCCGUGGCGCAUCUCUACUCCAACCUCACCAAGCCCAUCCUGGACGUAGUCCUCACGUCCUACACGCUGAUCCAGACCGCCCGCUCCAGGGGGGCUAACGCCACGGCGCCCACUCUGCUGGCAGGCCUGGUGGUCUUCGCCACGGCCAAGGUGCUGCGCGCCUGCUCGCCAAAGUUCGGGAAACUGGUGGCGGAGGAGGCGAACAGGAAGGGGUACCUGCGCUACGUGCACUCCAGGAUCAUCGCGAACGCCGAGGAGAUAGCUUUCUAUGCGGGACACAACGUGGAGAUGCGGCAGCUGCAGAAGUGCUACGCGGCUCUGGCCGACCAGAUGAACCUCAUCCUGUCCAAGCGGCUGUGGUACGUCAUGGUGGAGCAGUUCCUCAUGAAGUACGUGUGGAGCGCCGCCGGCCUGGUCAUGGUGGCAGUGCCCAUCAUCACCGCCACCGGAUUCGCCGACAUGGAAGUGGUUGACGGCCCGGUCCAGGUGAUGGUGAGCGAGCGCACGGAGGCGUUCACCACGGCCCGUAACCUGCUGGUGUCCGGUGCCGACGCCAUUGAGAGGAUCAUGUCCUCGUACAAGGAGGUGACGGAGCUGGCGGGCUACACGGCGCGUGUGCACAACAUGUUCCUGGUGUUUGGCGAGGUGCAGCGGGGCGUGUACAAGCGCUCCGAGGAUUCCACCACCGCCACCGGCGCCGAGAUGAAGAACCAGCCGUCGCUGCACAUCGAGGGCCCGAUGGAGAUCAAAGGUCACGUGAUUGACGUGGAUCAAGGGAUCGUGUGCGAGGACGUCCCCAUCAUCACCCCCAACGGAGACGUGGUCGUCUCCUGCCUCAACUUCAAGGUGGAGGAGGGCAUGCACCUGCUGAUCACCGGCCCUAACGGCUGUGGGAAGAGCUCUCUGUUCCGCAUCCUCAGCGGCCUCUGGCCCGUCUACGGGGGUGUGCUAUACAAACCCUCCCCCAAACACAUGUUCUACAUCCCCCAGAGGCCCUACAUGUCCAUCGGCUCCCUGCGGGACCAGGUCAUCUACCCGGACUCCGUGGAGGACAUGGAGGAGCGGGGGCUCAGGGACCCCCACCUCGAGGCCAUCCUGGACAUCGUCAACCUCAACCACAUCGUCACCCGGGAGGGAGGCUGGGACGCAGAGCUGGACUGGAAGGAUGUUCUCUCAGGAGGAGAGAAGCAGAGGAUGGGCAUGGCCCGCAUGUUCUACCACAGGCCAAAGUACGCACUCCUGGAUGAGUGCACCAGCGCAGUCAGCAUCGACGUGGAGGGGAAGAUCUUCCAGGCCGCCAAGGAUUCUGGCAUCUCCCUGCUGUCCAUCACACAUAGACCCUCUCUCUGGAAGUACCACACCCACCUGCUGCAGUUUGACGGCGAGGGGGGCUGGCGCUUCGAGCAGCUGGACACGGCCACGCGCCUCACCCUCACGGAGGAGAAGCAGCGGCUGGAGUCCCAGCUCGCCGGGAUACCCAAGAUGCAACACCGGCUCGACGAGCUCUGCAACAUCCUGGGAGAGGACUCGGUGCUGAAGACCGCCCGCGAGUGACCGCCCGCGAGUCCAUCCCUCCUCAUCCUCCUCCUACAUCCCUACUCCUCCAUCUCUCUCUCUCUCUCCCUCCUCCUCCUCCUCCUCCAUCCCUCUCUCUCCCACCUUCUCUCAUCCUCUGCUCCUCCAUCCCUCUCUCUCUCACCUUCUCUCAUCCUCUGCUCCUACAUUCAUCCCUCUCUUUCUCCUUCUCUUAUCCUCUCCAUCCAGUAUUACCCCAUCACGUUUUGCUGUGUUUUUCCUGUUUUUCUUUCUCUUUUUUAACACAGUUUAGGUUUUUAAAGUACAAAAUAUUUAAUCUAGGAUCCACAAAUGUUUUUGUGAUCGUUUGCGAUGGCAUCCGUUUGUUUUUAGCACUUUAGGUUUAUUUUACCGUUCCCUUGUGGGGCUUGUUCAGGAUGGAUGGAACACAGACUGAGUUUGGCAGGAAGCUAUGGAAGUUUAGCAGGAAGUUGAUGCUGAGUCAAGCAGGAAGUUGUUCUCAUCCACCAUUCGACAGCCUCAAAAACAGUAUUUGUCGGCGUCGAUGUGAGGGUUUCAGGCCGGUGGAUUUAACACGUCUAUUAGGAAUGGGAUUUAGAAUUUCUGAGAGCAUUUCUUUUCCAAGUGCCUGGUGUCCCCGCGGUAGCCAACGUGUGCGAUCCUAGGUGAUAGACACAGGGAACGACCUUUGACUUAUGAGAGUCAUUGGGUCGUCUGUUUAGUCCCGUUCCUCGUCGACGUCUGAAGCGCCUCACUUUCAGUAGAUGGGAUACACUCGCCCAGAACAAGUUUUUUAAUUUCAAUCAACAGCCAUAUUCAAUUUAUAUAUAUACUUUAUUUUGUGUAUGAUUGGUUAUUUUAAAUCUUGAAUACCAGUUCUCAAAAGCAUACUAAAUCGACAGCAAAUCUUCACCCAGUGGAGAGCUGUACAAUCCAAUCCUUAAUCCUGAUUGGUCAAUUGACGUGCUUCGUUUGACCUUCAACCCGUUGGCUGAUGUUAUGAACCAUUUUUUUUAAAACUUUAAAUAUGACAUGUGGUGUUUUUUGUUGACAUGCAGGUGGCAGUUUUACCAUCGUCAGUGGGAGUAGAUUAAAUCAAAUGGAUUAAAUCCUAUAAAUACGAUUUGCGUUUCCAUGUUGGCACAAACGGUUGGUGACAGAAACAGGAAGAGAGUGUGUGGAGAAGUUCAGUCUCCUCGUUGUUCAGGAAGGAGGCGCCACUGAGCUGGCGACAGCAGGCAGCCAUUUUAGGUCUGUUGUUGUGAGGCUGUUUAUUUCCGGUUUGUUGAACGAACACAACAAGCUGAGAGGGGCCGCUUUCUUUUUAGGGAGACGGCAAGAUGGCCGCUUUGUCUGUGACUUUCUGUCGGUCUCUUUUACCUUCUCACUUCUCACUAGCACUACACAAAUAUUGAUAGGAUAACUGCUGUAGACACACACACACACACACACACACACACACACACACACACACACACACACACACACACACACACACACACACACACACACACACACACACACGUGCUGCUACGUUCUCCGUAUUGACAAUGAAACCCUUAUUGGUCCAACUGUCUGAUCCCAGCUGUUUUUGAUAUUUUUGUUGUUUGGUUCAACUAGGAUAAAAUCCCUACCACACAUCGCUGGAUAUAGAGAUAUAGGACAUAUAUUGUGUGGUAUAAAUUGUGUCUUGUCCGCCCUCCUUCAAUACCCGUGUUUAUUUGUGAACAAAGGUCAAAGGUCAGGAGGGUCUGGCGAGGUAUCUUUGCUCAGCGUCACUUGGGCAGACUGUAGCGGAAGGCCUUGGGUUGAUGGCCUUCGAUCGGUCCUGAGGCUAGAAGAAGGAGAGUUUAGUUUGAUGUUGACGUUGUCAACCUGUUUUCCUACCAGCUGCCCUGAGAUCUGUGGUCAGAACUACAACUUGUUUUUUUCGGUCACACAUUUCAAUUGGUUACUCGCUUUUUAGGUAACUGGGAGCUGUCGCACAUGUGUAUGUGUGUGCUUAACCCUCACAAUCUGUGGUUGUUUCCAGUGCAGAGGGUGCGUGUGAUAUAGGCGAGUAUCGCUUCAUCCGUGUGUUUAUGAAUUAAUGGGUCUGCAGCAUUGAACUGUGUUUCUGCAGAUGAGUCUUCAUGAAAGGAUAGUGGACUUCCCCCUCUUAGUUUAACGAUUUAUGAAUAGCAGUGUCUCUGCUUCCUAUUGGUCGAACCUUGUGAUUGUUUUCAAGUACAUUUCAUAGACUGAAUGAUGACCUGUUUACGACGUAAAGAGUUUUAAAGUACUGUGGUUAGACUUGUGCAGUGUCAUAAUCACCGAUAACCAAUCAAAACGAACGUGCAAGGGUUCCAUCACUCUGAUUUCAAACUCUGUUAGCUUUGGCUAUCAGAGCCUGAGGAUGUGAUGGACACAACCAUCACAGCCUGUGGGGUCGCUGGACUGAACCAUCACAGCCAGAGGGUCCAGAGGGUGAACCAUUUGAACACCACUGAUUUACAAAGUUCCACAACCACUAGCACAAUCUGAGUGAUAAUUAUAUAAGACAAUUAAUUAUAUGGUCUCUUUUGCCUUGUUUUUAUUCUUUAUUUUUUUUUCCUAAAUGUGAAAGUAAAUGUGGGAAUAAAUCAAUAAACCUAAAAUAGAACUCAUGAUGGAGGGUCUUGUAGAGAGACAGUUAACAGUUUGAACCCACUAGCCUUGCGUUUGAGCUGAGACAUGAAUGUUGAUCUAGUUUGAAUCAAUAGGCUGAUUUCUGUGGGAACAUGUUGAAUCUGUGGUGAGAAUCCAGAUGGGUAGAUGACCACAUCUGGCCAACAUAGGAGAGGCCAGGCCCACACCGGGUAUCCGUGAACUUGGAAGUCAUUAUCGCGGAUCCAUGACCACUGAGCUCUGGGUAUUUCCGACUGAGACUCAUUGCCAAUAAACAUUUUUAAUUUUCUAAUUAAUCGGUUGAAGAAUAAAAAGCUGGAUCUGAUUGUCUUUCUACCCUGUGCUUGGUCCUUGAAGUGGUUAGAGGGUUGGAUUCACAAUAAUUCAUUAAUCCAGUGAACUGAUUAAAAACAUGUCUGUAUAUUUUUCUACUUUUAGAGGUUGAUAUCGAUUCUCUUUUAAUCUAGCUGUUAGUAUGUUUUUGUUUUUGUUUAAUCGGUUUCUAGAGAAGCUCAAUCCAAGCGACGAUAAUGUAAGAUAUUGUUGCGUUCACUGGCCUACGUUUACCAUGACGUCCUUACUAACGAAUAUUGAUACCAAUGUCAGUUUCAUAAGUAAGAGAUCGAAUGUAUCCGAUGUGUACAUUAAACCUUAUUAACUGAGGUUUAGUUUCAUUUUCUAUGACUUUAUUAACAAUGCAUGUUUUCUUUUGUAAGUAUGAGCGGUACAAAUUAUAUAUUGUGUGUGUAUGUGGAUGAGAUUAUAUAUUAGGAAAUGCUGGCAGGUUGAUGAAAGAGUAACAUGGUAUUAUAGUCUUGAGAGAGAGUGGAAUAGACUAAAAUAAAAACACAAAAAUAAGGAAAUGUAAUUUUUGGCUAACUUGAAUUAAAGACAUAAAAUUAA